AUGCAGGCAAGGGUCGUAUGGAACACUGCCGGAAGCUGGGCGGAUGACGACCUCCAGAUAUUCCAACCAUUUCCUAGCCCACAGUUUUUCGAAGGCGGGCAUAAGGCGCAGGCUAACAUGAAUGAGUUAGAGACUGGCAUAAUAACAAUUGCUGACGAUACUGGCGGGGAAUUAGGUGAACCGAGGUACUUUACUCUAAUGUGGAACGAUGGCGGAGCUGAUAUGGACGGAGCAAUAUGGAGAGUGCAUUGCGUUGAUGGAUAUGUUCCUCUAGGCGACGUCGUAUUCGGUCACGAGGACGCCUACCCAUACCCACUGCAAGAUACCGUCAGAUGCGUGCGCAACGAUACAGCCAGCCCCUGCACAUUUGGGGCCCGAGUAUGGACUGAUGUAGGGACUGGUGCGGAGAAGGAUGUCUCCAUCUGGGCUAUCAGACCCAAUAACACACAACUUAGCACAUUUUUCAUGUCGAGCAACAACCAUAGUACCCCGCCCACCAAUACGCCCUGGUGUUUGAAUAACAAUAACAGAAACACAGUUUUGACCCCCCAAAACAAAUAAGCUUGUGAUUGAACUAAACGUUAUGAGAA